AUGCCACUUAGAGAUCCUGCUACUCCUGUUGAACCAUCCUUUAAAGCGAAAGAAGUGCUUGAGCGGCCAAGAAGAUGGACUGGUUCUGGGAAGAAGACGAAUGCUUUAAAAACACUUCCAAGUAAAUACGUAGUCACUGAUCUGACCUGCUACCCGCCUCUCUUCCAAUACGGGUUUGGCCCCACUUAUCAGCGGCUCCUCGACUAUGCGCUUCAGCACAACCUCGUGGAGGUACCAGAAAACCGGGAGAAUGAAGAUCCUCAAGACAUCAGAGGGGGACUCAUUAUAUACGCCUUAAUUGGUGUAAUGCAAUAUUUCCAACGUGACAUGUAUGAUUUAUCGUAUCUAAACACGAUUGCCACAUCCACAUCUUCACGCAUUCACUGGUCAAUCUCCCAAAUUGACACCGCCCGCCAGUCAAAUCAUGUUGGAAAAUACAGCAAAGCACAGUUCGGAGCGAUCUUCCAGAAAUUGGAGUCAACCGUUCUUCCCUCAGUAUCUCUCACCCGACGUUCCCAAAGUCCGCAUACGAUGCAUGCACCCCGACUGCGACGCCGAGCUAGACUCUCUCAAUGCUACCCAGAAACCACUGCGUCCCCAUGCCGCCUUUUGUUUGGUGCCCUUGCUUUGGAUGCGAUGUAG